AUGGCUGAUCCAAAACCCCCAACCCAAGGAGCCACGCCUCUGCCAGCUGCUUCCGCAGCACCUGCGGCAAGCUCGGGGGCUGCAUACAAAGCUCCUGCUCCCAACCCAGCCUUUCGCAUGAUGGGUAUUCCUGUCUUACCUAGAAAACUUCCUUCUCGCAAUUGGAUGAUCUUCCUCACCGUGACCGGUUCUAUCUCUGCUGCUAUAAUAUACGACAAGCGCGAGAAGAGGCGCGCGACAGCUCGGUGGUCUAAGGCCGUUUCACAUCUUGCGCGCGAGCCGAUAUCGAACCCACACCAGCUUCCUCGAAAAUUAACCAUCUUUCUCGAAAGCCCCCCCGGUGACGGCCUGCGCGUAAUGCAGGAUCACUACACUGAGUAUGUGAAGCCAGUUCUGGCUGCAUCAGGGCUAGACUGGGAGUUUGUACAGGGAAGGAAAGAGGGCGACAUCAGAGCUGCAGUCGCAGAGAGGAUACGAAGGGCGCGGCAAGAAGAAACGGGGACACAAACUCAGGACGAAAUAGUGCAAGAGUUAAGGAGAAAGAAUGGCACGCCCGAAUGGCAGGGUAUUCGCGGCGACAUUGUAAUUGGGAGACAUGCAUGGAAGGAGUAUAUCCGGGGCUUGCACGAGGGCUGGUUAGGGCCGCUCGCUCCACCUUUAUCACCUGAGCCAGAAGUGAAGAAGGUCGAAGAGGCAUCUGCUGCAGAAGGGACCGAAGCAGAGAAGCAAGAGCCAAACCCCGAAGAAAAGCCAGAAAAGAAACCCGAAAGACCACCACAACCACCGCCAUACAACACCACGAAUGACUACCCCAGCUCCCCCAUUCCAAUGCUGAUACCAGCAGAAUUCUCGCCUUCGGCCCCUAUAAAAUUCCCUCACAUCCUCGGUUUCUCCAACACGCUAACCCGACUACGCCGAUUUUUCAACCGCCGAUAUCUAGCCGACGACAUAGGUCGCGAGGUCGCCGCGGUCUGCCUAGCGGCUGCGCGCGAGUACCGCGAGGACGCUGACAUGACGCGAUCCGAACAACAGACCGUUCUCGAGGAAGAGGAACGGGAUUGGGUCAAGUCCGUAUGGAAGGACGACAAGCCUAAGGAAAGCGAUGAGGAAUCUACCACCCCCGUCACUCCCCCCGAGAAGAUCUGGGCCAGCCCCAUAGUAUUGGACCCGCGAAUCUCCAUGCGCAUGCGCCGUUUCGAGAUCCAGCCCGAGGAAGAGGCCCGAGCCAGGGAAAUCGUGGUUCCGGAGGAGGAGCUGGAGGGCUGGAUCAGGAGCAGCUUCCGCAGCCUCUACCGCUGGGCUGUCUCGAAACCGGAGCCGAACCCUUCUUGGCCUGAUGAAUGA